AUGGGUCAAACACUCAGUGAGCCUGUAACAGCUAAGAAGUCUGCAUGCUGCAGAGAUUCAAAUUAUCGAGUCGGCAGUUCAUGCAUGCAAGGAUGGCGUAUUACAAUGGAAGACUGUCAUGUACACAUACUUUCGUUGCCGGAUGAUCCUGGUACUGCAUUCUUUGCAGUAUAUGAUGGCCAUGGAGGUGCUGCAAUAGCACAACAUGCUGGAAAACAUCUUCACGAAUUUAUAACCAAGAGAAGCGCUUAUAAAGCGGGUAACAUUAUUGAAGCUAUAAAACAUGGUUUCUUGGAAUUAGAUGAAGCUAUGCAAAAUGACAUAGUGCUUAGAGAUGAACAAGCGGGAACCACUGUUAUAGCUCUUCUUAUUAAAGACAAUAUUCUGUACAGUGCAAAUGCAGGUGAUAGUAGAGCAGUGGCAAGUAUUGAAGGUUAUGCUAUUCCCUUGAGUCGAGAUCAUAAACCCACAUUAGAAGACGAACGUGAACGAAUCGAAGCUGCUGGCGGUUGGGUUGCAUUUAACAGAGUUAAUGGUCAGCUUGCCCUGUCCCGUGCUCUUGGGGACUUCAUGUUCAAAAGAAACGAACGUAAAUCACCGCAAGAACAAAUUGUGACUGCCUUCCCGGAAAUUUCUCAGUUUCAAAUAACGGAAGAUUGGGAAUUCAUUGUUUUGGCAUGUGACGGUAUUUGGGAUGUGAUGACGAGUAAGGAAGUAGUUAAUUUUGUGAGGACACGAUUAAUACAGCCGAAACACGGAACAGGACAAGAGAACGAGACAAUGGACCCCGAAGAAAUUUGCGAAGAACUCGUGAAACAUUGUCUCGCACCAGAUACUCUAAUGGGUACUGGUUGCGACAACAUGACAGUAAUCCUCGUUUGUUUCCUUCAUGGCAAACCAUAUUCUCAUUUUAUUUCCCGACUCAGAGAACUCGAUUGUACAAAUCAUUAGUGAAAUUACUAAUAUCUUUUUCGAUCAUAUUUCAAAUUAUUUAUAUGUCACUUUACAC